UACCUCACCCUCAUCAUCUCCACACUGCAUGUGCAUGAGUCGUUGUCGUCGUCGUCAGUCGCCACACCGGCAUUCCCAUGAUCCCAUCUCGUGCCAUGUCGCGCUCCAUUUAAUUCCCGAGCAAGAUCGGAGACCGAUCCCCUCCUCGUGUUUUCCCCCACCUUUUUCGCGCGUUGAAUGCAUAUGCCGUAGUCACCUAGUUUCCCACGUACUGUACGUCGUAUAGGACCCAGAACCCAGCUGCGCGCGGCGGCAGGGAAGGGACGAUAUAGAUACACACAGAUGGCGGACUGCAUGCAGGAGUGGCCGGAGCCCGUCGUCCGCGUGCAGGCGCUGGCCGAGAGCGGCCUGUCCGUCAUCCCGCGCUGCUACGUCAAGCCGCCGUGCGACCGCCCCGCCGUGUCCCCGGCGGCGGCAACGACAGUCCAGGAGACCACGGAGCCCUCGGACAUGAGCAUUCCGGUCGUCGAUCUCGGCGCGCUGCUGGCGGCGGACGGCGGCGCCGCCGUCACCGAGGCCGUCGCCGCCGCGUGCCGGGAGUGGGGCUUCUUCCAGGUGGUCGGCCACGGGGUGCGCCCCGAGCUGUUGCGCGCGGCGCGGGAGGCCUGGCGCGGCUUCUUCCGCCGCCCGCUCGCGGAGAGGCAGCGCUACGCCAACUCGCCCCGCACGUACGAGGGCUACGGCAGCCGCCUCGGCGUCCAGAAGGGCGCCGCCCUCGACUGGGGCGACUACUUCUUCCUCCACCUCGCGCCGGAGGCGGCCAAGAGCACGCCCAAGUUCUGGCCGGCCGUGCCCGGCAACUGCAAGGAGGUGUCCGAGGAGUACGGACGCGAGGUGGUGCGGCUGUGCGAGCUGCUGAUGCGGGUGAUGUCAGUGAGCCUAGGGCUGGACGAGGCGCACCUUCAGCGGGCGUUCGGCGGGGCGGGCUGCUGCGGCGCCACCCUGCGCGCCAACUACUACCCGCGGUGCCCGCAGCCGGACCUGACGCUGGGCCUCUCCGCGCACUCGGACCCGGGCGUCCUCACCGCCCUCCUCGCCGACGAGCACGUCCGCGGCCUGCAGGUCCGCCGUAGCGCCGGCGACUGGGUCGACGUGCGCCCCGUCCGCGACGCCUUCAUCGUCAACGUCGGCGACCAAGUCCAGAUAAUGAGCAACUCCGUGUACAAGAGCGUGGAGCACCGGGUGGUCGUGAACGCCGAGGAGGAGCGCAUAUCCCUCGCCAUCUUCUACAACCCCAAGGGCGACGUCCCCAUCUCCCCGGCGCCGGAGCUGGUCACGGCCGCGAAGCUGCCACCGCUCUACCCGACGAUGACCUUCGACGAGUACAGGCUCUACGUGAGGAGUAAGGGCGCCAGGGGCAAGGCGCAGAUCGAGGCUCUCAAGGGCCAGGCAUCACCAGAAAAUUAAUUAAUUCGCCACCAUGCACCUGCAGCCUACGUACAUUAAUUACAGUACGUACGUACUAGCUUGCUAGUUAAUAAACAACUGCGUGUGUAUCCUAGCUAAUGGCAAUUGCUAAUAUAAUCUGGAGUUAGUUGGCUACAUGCUAUGAGUUGGCUGGCUCCACCGGCGGACCAAGUAUAAUCUUAUCUGAAAUAACACAUGCAUGUGUAAGACCAA